UGGCGUCUUUUCCUCAGAGCAAGUCGACCGAAGUCAGGAGCAAGUCGACCGAAGUCAGGAGCAAGUCGACCGAAGUCAGGAGCAAGUCGACCGAAGUCAGGGCGGUCAACUAUUCGUCCCUUUGUGCUCUACCUGGCAACGCCCGACACAGAGAGAGGAGCCGCUGAACCGGCUUGCAGAACUGCUCCUCAUCCAGAGCACGGUCUGCAGAAGGUGACCAACAUGGCGGAUGCUGCAGGAUCUGAGACUGGUAGAAAACCAAAGAGCAUGAAGAAGGAGAACGAUGCUGUUCCCACUACUGAUCCAUGUGCAAGCGGAAUAAAGAAGGAGAAGGAUGCUGAUCCCCCUGCCGGACAUUCACAUGGCUUCAGAGUGAAAUUCCCUUCUGACCCCAAUGAAUACACUAUAGACUGUGAUCAAGCCGGAACAGUGCUGCGGGCGAUAAAAACAUGUAACAAAUAUAAUACAAAGUUUUCAGAUGAAAACCUUGUGAUUCAGCUGAGUAAAAAUGAUAGGAAAUAUGCUAUUGCAACACAUUUCCCUUGUACUUGUAUCAUGGAAGAUGAAUUACUGAUCUUAUCGCAUAAGAAAGAAAAGAUUGAAGAGACCCAAGGCCAAAAUGAGGAACCAAUACAGUCAAAGAAAAUGUAUUCUGUCUUCUAUAUUGAAAAAGUAGGAGGAAUAAACACCAUAACAAAGCCGUUUAUCAGAAGCAAUGCUUUCAAAUGCUUCAAGUACCUGUGUGUGUAUGCGGAGAAGGGUAGGAAGAUGACAGUGGAGGAGGCUCUGGAAAGAGAUGGACGCUUCAUUGAUGAUCUUGGCAACUUCACUCUGUCUAACAACACAGACCCAAAGAUAAUAACUGAAUGUACCCAACCUGUUGACAACCUGCAUGGAAAAGAAUUCAAGUUGUGUCUUGAGCGUAACAAAAAAGCAGACGGAGCAGAACUAAAGCAGAGAAUAGAAGUUAUCCAAAAAACAAUGGAAAACAAUAAAUUCAGUGUCAAAGAUGUAGUGGAUCAUGUCAGAGCAGAGAACAGAUCCGAGGGAAAGAGUGGUCAGAGUGGCAGCAGUGUAGACGUUGAAGAGAUUUAUGAUUUACUGCGGGAGCAGUGUGCAGGUCUGACUGAACUGAUGAUGAGGAGAUUCCCAGGUGACUCUUAUCAGGAGGAACUGGACCUGAGAAAGGAAGACUUUGGAAAGAUCCAACAGUCGUUCAGCGACGUUCACAGAGUCAGAGAGCUGAUAAAACAGGGCGAGUCAGUUUGUAAAGUGGUUGUUGAAGGUUAUUGUACAGGAACAGGGUUUGUGUUGUUUGACAACUACAUCUUGACUAACGCACACCUGUUUGACGAUUGUGUUGAAGAAGGACACAAAAAGCUGAAGGAUGAUAUAGAGGUGUAUGUUCUCUUUAACUUUGAAGAAGAGCACAUAAAUCACCACUACUUUAAGCUGGCUCACCGUAACAUCUGCUACUGUCAUGAUGACCUUGAUUAUGCCAUACUUGAGCUUGAGCCUGUCAGCCAGAAAUACAACCCAGACACAAAUAAAGUCACAGAAGAAAAGAUGCCACCAGGGCUCCUGGAGAGGUUUGGUCCAAUGCCUGAGAGUGGUGGAGCCUGUCUUAUUGGUCACCCAGAUGGAGAAGUGAAACAACUGGAUCCAACAUCUAUCAUUGAGAUAGAAAACAGGGAGACGGCUGUUGAUGAUCAUUUAGAGCCAUACAAAGACACUUUAUUCACUCUCUACUCAAUCUGUAACCUUAUCAAAAAGCAAGGCAUUGAAAGCAUAUUGGUAGGUGGAAACAAAGAGAACGUAACAACCUACAACACCUUCAUGUAUCACGGCUCCUCUGGAUCCCCAGUGUUUGAUGCUCAGUGCAGGGUUUUUGGUUUGCACACCUCAGGAUUCGUUUACGAUUUUCCAAAGGACACUAAGAGUGUGAUAGAGUAUGCCCAACCUCUGCUAACUAUCUUUGAACACUUUGUGAGUAAACUGAGGGAGCCUGGGAAUGAGGAGCUGUUGAAGAGAGUUAAGAAAGUAGCAAAGGGAAACUCAGACCUAAAAAAGAUACUCAACCCUGACUCUGAUGACUCUGAUGACUCUGAUGACUCUGGUGACUGAUUAGAAAGAUUAGAUAAUCUGGGGCUAAACACACAAGGCUGGACAGCUUCUAUUCCCAUGCAUCAUUAUACUUAAGAUCUGUUUUCUAGUAUGUGCAUCCUGUUUUAUAUUGACUUCUCUGUUAGUCUGUAACAGCCAAUUGUACUUUUUUCUAUAUCCACAUUUCUUGUAAGCAUUACUCUUUUAUUUUAUCAUAGUUUUUUAGUAUUUCAUUAUCUAUAUUUGUUCUUUUCUUUACAACGUCCUUACUUUACUGUGUUCAUGUAUGCACCAUUCUACACUUAAUUAACCUUAUUGGCAAUAAACCAAAUUCUGAUGUUGAUUGUACUGCAUACUCACGGUUUGUGGAUUAUAUGAAUGUAUAUUUUAUGUAUUUUUUUGAGGCAGUGAACUGAAUGCCAUAUUGUUCAUAUAUUUUCUCUUGUAACAUGUAAUGGAAGCUCCUAAAGUGUGAGCUGAUAUUUGUUUUUAUUUCAAUGUCAUAUAUUUCUCCCGUGGUAAAUGUGUUUAUUCUGUCCUGGCUUUCCCUACCAAUUUAUUCUGUGUUUUAUUAAAAGUUGAUCUCUUCAAAAUC